AGAAGAAAAAGAAGAAGAUAUCAAGGAAAUCACCAUGCUAGGGGGCCGUGCACAGGGGGGGAUCCAGCCCUCGCCCGUGACCACGCUCAACCCUGGCUUCACCACUGCCAAUGUGCAUAUGGAUUGUAAAAAUGUCUGGGUCUGGAAAAUUGCAACUUGUCAUGCUGUCUUUGGAUCCCAAAAAAAUCUGUAUUGCGUGACCAGCAACAGGGGUCCAGUUUGUGUUACGCGGAGGGGGCAUUUGUCAUGCGGAAUAGGCAUCAGGAAGCCCUCUAAAAAUCUGUGAUGCUAGAUCAUGCAUUACAUGAGUCAUGGAUCAUACAAAAUAUGCACCACAAAUCCCGGAAUCUUCCAGACCCAGACACUUUUCCACUUGAUAGUGCAGCCGGCGGGGCGGUUUACGCUGAAAAUCGGCGUGCUCGGAAAUCAAAGUGUCGGGAAGACGACCUUGCUGAAUUCCCUUUUCCAGUAUGCAACACAAAUGUAGUAUUCCACACGUACAGAGCCUCCAAAACGCGUCCCGCUUUUUGUAUGCAUACUAGCAUUUAUUUUUGACACUGUUGUAUACGACAAGCACAAGACCAAGACGUUACUCCAUAGGAGUCUGUGUAAUCUCGUCAUGUCAGGGCUCCAGCUGCACGUGCAAUUUGUACGUGCGCGGUACUACUUUUAUCUUGCAUAUCCGAGACCAAUUUGGGUCGGUAUCGGAAAAACGAUGCACAGCCGGAGUACACCAUUACCACAUAGAAGUGCUGCCGGUGACGGCGGAGGCACCAAAAACACUGGUGCAAAGCAUCACGAGCGUGGUAUACAAGACGUGUGCUUUUUUUUUGGAUGCUCUAAGUGAUCUUGCUUCGCAUGAGAGAUGUAUCACAUAGCUCAUGCGAAGAUCUUCGCAUUUUCAUUCUCAACGAGAGCUACACCUUGAUCUCUCAACGCAAAACAGUUCCUGUCUUCGAAGCCUGAAAUCCGCCCUGCGUCGGAAGUACAUGGUCAAGUUUCAGAAAUGGAUCGCGUGCUCCGCCGAUCUUCGAUAUGACUUGGAGCCGUGGUUGGAAAUUUGUGUUUUAUCAGUUCGUUUUGUUCCGUCGAACUAAGUUCGUUGUAGUGGAGUUCACACGAUGAAAAGCAUGAGCAUCCGCAAUCGAGUCUCUGUCGUGUGCAAGCCCUGAAGAUUUUCGCAGAUCCGUUUGCCUUUGCCUACAUCGAAGGAACAUGCCUGAAACCAAUUCCCAUUCCACACUUCUCCUUUCUCAUACCCUCUCACGAACCGGGACAAGCCUACCAACGCCGCAUUGACGAAGGUGGAGAGCUGCAACUGGAAGGUCAAGUGCCCCGAGAUCGUCAGUCUGGAUGAGACCAUCCCGAAUGGCGGUUUGGAUUUGGUGUUCGUCGACAUCCCCGGAAUCAACUGCCCCGACAAGGGCGAGGCGUACAAAACGUACGUAAGCGAGAAUUUCUCCGACUUCGACUACUUUUUGAUAAUGGUGGACGGCGAAAAGUUGAUCGCGCAAAACAACGCCAGCGAAAUGGGAAGUCCUGAUGUGGAUAAGGUGGGGAAGGUAUAAUUCUUGUGCGACGCCAGCAUGAUCACUACAAGGUGCGCAGCAGCACUGAUAAAGUUUGCAGUCAUGCGGAUGAACAUGAACCAACAACUGGAUGUUCAUAUAGAAAUUUCCUAUGCGAGGAAACGAGACUAUGAGUAUGAUAAUCAUGAGCAUUUUUCACAAAAAAUCAAAAUGAUCAGCUCGCCGACGUGAAGAUGCAGGUCGAUCAGGACAAUAGUAACAAACCGAUGAGAACAACUUCGUCGAAGAACAAGUCAUCGAAAAACCGAUCUGCUAAUAACUCCUACCGCGAACCCCCGCAAACUACUCGGGAGCACCACUAUAAUGACAAUAAGCAGCAGCAAGACGAUUACAGCAGCGCCCCGUGGACCAGCGACUACGGCGAGCAGCAGUUCGCAGCGGUGGACCAGUCCCAUGUCUAUAACGCCGAUGGCAGCAACAGCAGCAACUGGCACUCGGCGAACAACAGUGGCAAUGAAAACAACAACAAUUCAGGGUUUUUUGACUACCACGACCAAGACCCAAAUUACAACUACAUGCAGGAAGAACACUCCGCCGAGGAGUGGAAGGGCCAGAACGAUCACGAGAGCGGUCUGCGGUACGGAAGCUCACUGAAAAGGAGUCGGGAAGAAGAGGAGUAUCCGGUAUACGCCAGUGUGAAUUUUUUAGUAGUAACGGUAACCCGGCUGUCCCCACCAUAUGCCGGCUUGUGUAUUUGUGGUGCUCUGUUCUUGUCUGCGCAUUGAAUUUUGAACUUGCAGUGUCGUCUGCUCAUGUUGACCGCUAGUAAGCAGAAAUAGAGCAGUAAAAUCUUGUUAAACAUUUCUUCGCAGUCCGCCGGUGCAGCCGCGCACGAAGUUAAUGCCGCCAGUCCGUCUAGCUCCGACAGUGACCUGUCCCCGUCUUCCAGCGACAACCUUUCCUCGCCCGAGAUUCAGCCACCGGAAGUACACGCACCCUUUCUCGGGGAGGACGACGCGAAUCUCGUCCGGUGGUUCUCCAACCUCAUGUUCGCGCAGGGACAGCAUCUGGACAUGCCGCCCUGCUGCAUGUUGAUCAACAAAAUUGACGACACGAUCGUAAAGGAUCGGCGGGAGAUUCAACAGACGAUAAAACGCGUGAAGAACGCCAAGUGGUUCAGCUACGGAGACGAAGCCGUAAAGAGGGCAACAACCUUCCAGCACGUUUUCCCGAUUUCGGCGAUCGGGGCUUUAGGGGUCAGAAUAUCGACCAGCCGAAAUCUGAAGGAAACCGUGGCGACGGUAUAGUGAAUAGACUGAACAAGAAGAUGUUUUUAACUAUUCUGGAGUACUCGAUGUAGUACUUCUUACAUUUAGCUUCCCGAUGUGGCCGUUGCGAGGUAGCUGCAUCACCAUCAGCUCGAAAUUAUGUGCCACCACUAGAUAUCUUAAUGUUUGUAAAAAUGCAAAAUCGCAAUCCUUUUAGGUCGACCAAAACUGUCUAGUCAAGCUGGCCGAGAAGCACCUACCCAUGUCCUACGAGGAUUGGGCAGACCUGAAGGAGGACAAGCGACACGCGGAGAUUAUCCAGUAUUUGAAGAAGCUCACGCCGGAGCAGCGAGAGGAAAAGCUGAAGAAGAACAACUUCCACAUGUUCCUCCAGUUUCUCGAGUCGGAAGUGGGAAAGAAAAAGCAAAAAGAGUUGCUCAUAAAAAUGAUCAAGCGGCAGAUGAAUCGCGUCGCCGUCGAAGGACUGCAAUUCGCCGACCUCAUUAAAUUUCACACCCGAAGCCGACAGCUCUGCGACGGGGUGGACAUCGGCACGCGGUUCCGGGAGAUUUUCGAAAAGUCCGGCGGGAUCGGGUUGCAGCUGUUUCGCUACGCUCCGACGGAGGAAAACGCAACCAAUCUGAAGUCGAAGAUUUUCGACCUGUUGAACGACUACCUGAACUUCAUCGACAACAACUCGAAGGUAUGCACUGGAAAAAUAUCUGGGUCUUCUGGCUAUCGCGUUGUGCUGCGCGUCUUGUCAUGAAGACAACAAGAUCUAUGUAAAUGCAUGCAUAUGCUGCUGCGGAGCCAACAAAAAACUUGUGUGUCACCACGAUCUUCUCCUGCCUGGCAGCACACCAAUCUCGGAUGCAGGAUUCAUAGAGACUACACGUACACAUCGCAUCUAAUUUGCCAGACCUAGAGAUCUUCGCAGUGGAUAGCUUAAGGACCAGGCGGACGUCUCCUUGAAGCAUUUGGCGGAGGUAGAAUUUGUGAUUUUUUGUGCAAGAGGAAGAGCAACUACAAGUGGAGUACUUCGAUCAAUUUGUAAUGCUGUUUACCAUUUCAAUUUCUUGCGCAACGCUACCGCAGGUCGAGAAGCAGGCCAACGAUUUCCUCGAGCAGUGGCUGCACAACCUCACUGACAAAAUCGGGUUCUGGUGCUUCGGCCUUGGUUCACACACCACGACCGUGACGCACCAAACCCAAUCGAACAACGAGCCGGGAUCCUGGGGCACACUGGAGCCGCACGAUUUUGCGUGCAUCAUGGAAUCAGUGACGCUGGCUCUGGAACUAGGGGAGAGCUUCAAGCGAGCCGAGUUUUAUCCACAGGAAAUUUGACACCGCAUCGUCGGCACAAGUGUUGAAUCCACAGUGUUUUACGAGACUCUUUUCUUUGCAUUUCAUCUAGUUGAGCCAGUGGACAGCUGUUGGCUUUAUUUAGCCAUACAAAAGAUUUCGGAAGAUGUUUGUUGUAGACGCCUUCAUUUCUACAGCUGCUUCUGCUCAUCUUGCGCCGUGGUGUGGUAGUAAUUUCUAUUUCAUACACUCCCAACAGACAUGAUAACGAUUUGGAAGUGCUUCAAAGACCUAGGGAUGAGCAAGAUCGAAAGGUCAGGCGGCUCGAAAAACUGCCCGCCAAGCUCAGCAGGGAAGUACACGCAGUCAAAGCCGGUAUAGCCACUGAGUAGUGUACUUCACCACGACUUGUUGAGCGUUCUGCUCUUUUUCGUUUUCCCUUGAAUGUCGCAACCGCGUCUGUAACAAGUCAUGGGCGUCUGAUUCACAUGCGCAAGAACUUCAUUCUGUAGACGGAACAAAAAACACUGAUUGAAGUACCAUAUCAAAAAACAGAAGCGCGACGCGGAUCAGUGCACAAGUGGCAAGUUUGACUUCACAAAGAUGAAGCAGACCCUCGCAAAUGUACAACGCUUCCCGCAGUUUGUCCGCCUGCACAACAAGUUUCUUUUGCACGCGAAGGAAGUUCGGGAGCGCAUCAGUGCGAAGAGCGGCAAAAAUUUAAACGGGAAAGGAGGUGCGGAACUGCAAAAGAUCAAGCGCGUGAACAGUUCCAUCGACGAAGAAAUCGAGGUGGAGCUGGAAGAAACCAGCGCAGAACCGGCCACAAAGCGGGUCCGGAUCGGCUGAGGGGAUUUGUGGCAAGAAGGACAUUAUAUCAUGGUGGAUAAGUUUUAUGUCUACGUGCAACUCCGCCACAAGCAGGUAUUGGUGAGCAGCAAAGGAGAUGUCUUCGCCGAUGCGCAGCAAGUUUCACGUCUCAAACCGAGACACUUUCUCGUCGAACCGAGAGGAUUUUUAUGUAAAACAUCUUUUUCGUGCGAUCUGCAUGCUGCAAAGGGUACGGAACUCAAUUUUUAAGAAGAACGUACAUUUUCCUUUGUUGAUUUCCUGGACAAGUGUUGUGGCACCUAGUGCUAGUGGGGGAAAACAGUCAUUUUGCAAUAGAUGAGAAGCUUCGCCUCUACAAAUAUGUCGAUUGAGUGUCUAAUUUUCACUCCUGCUUGUACACUUCUCUUCAAUCGGCAAGGGCCUCCUUAUUCUGAUUACUUUGAGUUGGAUUUUCGUGAAUAUUGCGCUUUCCAGUCUACUUCCUGCCGCGCCCACCUCCAGCAUUGUUUUUCUUUUAUGGUGGUUAUCAUUUUUUCUGCUGCAUCAAAACCACAGGACCCGCUAUUUUCAGAGACUGCAAAUGAAGACAGCUACUUAUACUUCUAUUCACUAACUGCAAUUACCGGGCCAAAGAUGUCUAGCUAAACAAUCAAAAAUGCGAAUCUUAUGUGUGCCGCCUGCUAUUGUAUAUGAAGAAAAAACAAAAAAAAAUUGGGAAAAAGAACCAUCAUUCAUCGUCGCUGCAAAUUGAUGUAUCGACGCAUCAUUAGAAUUCCAUAGAGAGCUCCCGAUGUGAAAUGUCUUCGCUCAUCAGUAAUG